AUGCGUCUGGGGGCCCCGUCCCCGCCCAGCUCUGCGGCCAGCUUGCCCAUCCCUUUGGGGCCGCUUCCCCCCAGCCGUGGACGAGGCCCCUGGUCUUCCCCGGGGGCUCGGGGGGACUCUGCCCGGCUCCCAGAGCGGGUCCGGGCUCUGACUGGAAAUGGGCCCUGCUGGUUGCCGCCAGUGGGUGCGGAGGGGGCCCCUGCUGGCCCCCCGCAAGGCCUCUCCUGGCCCUCAGAAGGCAGGGCAGGGGGUGGUUUGGCCACCCCGAGAAAGAGGCCUGACGCCAUCGUCCCUCAGCCGCACACCCGACACCCCCAAACCUCAACUCGGCCCCCACCAGCCCCGCCGCGGUCGGGGGAGACAGCCUCGUCCGGAGGCGCCAAGCGCAGAGCUCACCUGCUCCGCGGCGGGGGGACUGUGUGGGGUCCUCCGGGCUCCCCCCUGCUGUGCAGCCGUUUGUGGGGGCUGCGUCGAGGGGUCUGUUUCACAGGCGCCAGGCUGUGUCCUGAGCCUCACCUGGCACCCCCAGAACAGCCACGAGGAGAGCUCCGAGCUCGGCGGGAGCCGCAGCCCUCAGUGAGGGUCUCCCCUACAGGCCGCCUGGAAACAGCCCCCCGGGACAAGGCGCAGGUAGCCGCAGGGUCCCCUGAGGCUCGCGGGGAGCAGGCCCCAGCACGCGCCCCCCGGGACCCUCCCGCAGAGUCUCCGGCUCGGAGGGAGGUCGAGCUGUUUGGGGGUGCCGGCCUGCGGACACCGCGGAGCUUCCCCCUUCCGAAGCGGCGCAUCACCCAGGGGUGUCGACCCUCGGUCCCAGCUGCUGCUUCCGGGGGAACGUCACCGCGUGCCGGGGCGGGACAGACGGCAAAGCCCGACCCCCAGCCCGCGCCCCCAGCCCCGCGCCCCCGCCACGUCCGGGCUGGAUCCCCGCCUCCCGGGGUGACUCGGGUUGCCUCCACCCAGGCCUUGGGCCGGGCGCCCCUGCACCCUCACCCAGCUUCCCUGACCUGGGUCAGCGGUCCAGUCCCCAGGGGGUGCACGGUGCACCCCAGGGCCUUCUUGCAGGGCGGACGGGGCUCGGGCAUCGGGACCCCCGUCAGGAACACUCCAGACCCCACCCCUCCUGCUGCCACGGCCCACCUGCUGCCCCCACCUGCACCACGCCCUGGUAGUCAGGGGUCCGUGGGGCUCGCGGAGGCCGCGGUGCAGCAGCACUCCCCUGUCGGGACUCGCCCGGAGCACUCCCUCCGCCCCCCGCUGCGCCCCCGCUGCGCCCCCCGCCCUCCCGGGCGCCCCUCCCGCGAUGGCCGCCAGGGGCCGCUGCCGCGCGCCGCAGCCUCGGGCGCAGUCUCCGGGGAGGGGGCGCCGGGCCCCGCUGGAGCCCGCGGCGGAGGGGGCCCCACGGAGCCCAGGGAACGCUCCGAGUCACCCACGGAGGAAGGGAAACAGCGAAUGGAGCGCCGCUGA